AUAUGAAAACAACCUUGAAAAAAGGGAAAAAAUAAAGUAUAUAUAUAAUUUUUUUUUUUUUUUUAAAUCAGUUUGAAGCUGCCAUAGCCCUAACUAAAUGCAAAUAAGCAUGCUAUACCUUGAGUUUUUUUCUACUGGUUCAGAUGAGUGUGUUAAAUGUCCUGGAGAUAUAUGUGCGUGUGAGUAAUAAUGUGUGUGUGUGUGUGUAUGUGUGUGUGUGGGGGGCUCCUCUCUGGACGAAUCCGCCUCUCUCCUCUCCUCUCUCCUCUGCUUCUUCCCAUUGACGCACUUUUUAAGCGUCUUCCUCUUCUCCACCUUCAGGCUUGCAGCAGCAGCAGCAGCAGCAGCAGCAGCGACCAAUCACCAUGCCAUUACAGCCUUCAGAGGAAGCUGUUUAUGGGACUGCAGCGCUAAUUAGGCUCAUGAACUAACAAAUCUGCCUGCACGAACACCGGCGAGGAAAACGAUCACAUCCAUGGAUUAGUCUGGGAGUAUAGAGCCGGGCACUUUUUAUUUUGGCUUUUCGCGACACUGCUGUCGACUCAACUUAUUUACUGCUGCAGAAAAACUUUCCUCUCUUUUCUUUUCUUGGGUGUGGAGUAUUUUUUUCAUACGACAACUUUAAACUUGGGAAUCUGGACUAUCAGACCAUGUUUCAACCUACACCCAAGAGGUGUUUCACUAUCGAGUCUUUGGUGGCGAAGGAUAAUCCCAUCAUCCCGGCGUCCCGCACCGAGGAGCCCAUCAGGCCAGCGGCGCUCAGCUAUGCAAACUCCGGCCAGAUGAACCCUUUCCUCAACGGCUUCCACUCCGGCGGCAGGAGCGUCUACUCGAACCCGGACUUGGUGUUCGCUGAGGCGGUCUCUCACCAGCAGAACGUCCCGGUGCAUCAAGUGGCUCCUCCGCACGCUCUGGCUGGACACCCGCUCUCAUCGUCUCACAGUCCGCAUCCUCUGUUUGCCAGCCAGCAAAGAGACCCAUCCACUUUCUACCCCUGGUUAUUACACAGAUAUAGGUACUUGGGUCACAGGUUUCAAGGUAAUGAAACAAGUCCAGAGAGUUUCCUUUUGCACAACGCGUUGGCCAGAAAGCCCAAAAGAAUCCGGACAGCUUUUUCACCUUCGCAACUCCUGCGGCUCGAACACGCGUUUGAGAAAAACCAUUACGUGGUGGGAGCAGAAAGAAAACAGCUCGCCCACAGCCUUAGCCUCACAGAAACUCAGGUAAAAGUGUGGUUUCAGAACCGGAGGACGAAGUUCAAGCGCCAGAAGUUGGAGGAGGAGGGCUCCGAGUCUCAGUCGAAGAAGAAAGGAUCACAUCACAUAAACCGGUGGAGGAUGGCGACUAAACAGGGAAGCAGUCCAGAGGAAAUAGAUGUCACUUCGGACGAUUAAAAACGAAAGAGAGACUAUAUGAGCGUCUGAGUGAAAGGAGGACAUGGAUAACGGAUGCCGUGUAGAGACAGUGAGGCGGUAAAGAGCCAGAUCUGCAGCUGAGGGUGAGAGAAACCCGACUGGUGGCUCUGCUGUCUGUCACCGUGCUGGUCUGUCAGGUCUGAGUGUCUCAGUCCACCUGAACCUUUCCACACCAAACCACCAAACCACCACCACUACAAUCUCACAUUUUUUUUCUCCAAUUCACAUUGGACGUUUUGCACUUUUUUUUUUUUAAAUUAAAAACAAAAAACGUUUCCACUCAAGAUACCAAAACACCAAACUGCUUUUUGUAAAACUUGAAUUGCAUGGUCUAGUCUUUUUUUUUUUUUUUUUUCCUGGUAGUUGUUUUAUUUAAUUUGACAAGUUUUUCCUCAAACCAAGAAGAAAAAAAAAUCAAUUUUGUUUUUAACUCUAUUUUUUAAAAAACAGAGAUGUCGUGCUUCUUCCUUUUUACAAAGUGUGCAGUCUUUAAUUAAUGAUUCUCGUGUAAAAGUGAUUGUGAAAACAUAUGAAGUAGCGGUGCUGCGCUAUAGUGUUUUUUUUUUGUUUUUUUUAAAGAAAAUAGAACAAAAAAAAAUUCGAUUGAAAAACAAAACCUUUCUAAAAAAAAAAAGAUAAUCUGACUCCAGCUAAAUAAAGGGAAGGUAUCAGGACAUUCCUUUAACCUAAAGCUUUAUUACCAAUGUGUCGCUGCGGCCCCAUGCAGCCUUCUGUCAGGACUUCAGCCUCCAGUGAAAGUUGCCAAGAAGGACUAAACAGAGAAUUGAGAGUAAAAAAACAAGCACUGAGCGUAUUCCAUGUACAGAAAUGCUAAAAGUUAAUGUUUCUGUUAAACCCUCUUUUACAGAAUGUAAAUAAUUUUUGUGUUUGUGUUAAGUUUGCUACAAUUUUAACACAAAGUAUACUUCCAAGAAGUAUGUAAUUGUCAAUAUUUUGUCAAUAAAGUUUUAUCAAUAUGU